AUGGACGACGCCGCCGGGGAUUUGAAGCAGGCGCUCCCAAGCGUGUGUGACAACGUUCAGAUACACGUGGAAGUUCAUCAGAAAUCAAGCAGUGCGGCCAAGAAAGAAGAUAUCAGGAUGAGUGUCUUAAAGCUGUUGAAUAGACAUAAUAUCGUGUUUGGUGAUUACAAGUGGACAGAGUUUGAUGAUGGUUUCCUUAAUGGCAAUGUGCAGUCUGUGUCGAUCGUGGAUACGGAGCUUAAACUGAAAGACAGACAGCCUAUUGACUUGAGCAAAAGCAGUCUUUCUCUUCAUAUUUUUCAUCUAAAUGAAGAAGGACCAAGCUCUGAAAACCUGGAAGAAGAGAAUGAGGAUAUCAUUGCAGCUAACCACUGGGUGCUACCAGCAGCUGAAUUCCAUGGCCUUUGGGAAAGUCUUAUAUAUGACACUGAAGUAAAAUCACACUUACUUGAUUAUGUGACGACAACAUUACUAUUUUCUGACAAAAACGUUGACAGCAACCUUAUAUCGUGGAACAGAGUUGUUUUGCUGCACGGCCCUCCUGGAACUGGGAAGACCUCUCUCUGUAAAGCAUUGGCUCAGAAGCUGACAAUUCGACUGUCAUACAGGUAUAGGUAUGGACAGUUAAUUGAGAUAAACAGCCAUAGCCUUUUCUCUAAAUGGUUUUCUGAGAGUGGCAAGCUUGUAACCAAGAUGUUCCAGAAGAUUCAAGAGUUAAUUGAUGACAAAGAUGCUCUUGUAUUUGUACUGAUUGAUGAGGUGGAAAGCCUCACGGCAGCCCGCAGUGCCUUCAGGGCAGGCACAGAGCCUUCAGAUGCUAUUCGUGUGGUGAAUGCUGUACUGACACAAAUAGAUCAGAUUAAAAGGUAUCCCAAUGUAGUUAUCCUGACUACUUCAAAUAUUACGGAGAAAAUUGACAUGGCAUUUGUAGACAGGGCUGACAUAAAGCAAUACAUUGGACCUCCCUCCACCGCAGCAAUAUUUAGAAUAUAUCUUUCUUGCUUGGAAGAACUGAUGAAGUGUCAAAUAAUAUAUCCUCGACAGCAGCUUCUGACACUCAGAGAGCUAGAGAUGAUAGGCUUCGUAGAAAAUAAUGUGUCAAGGUUAAGCCUUGUACUAAAAGAAAUCUCAAGAAGAAGUGAAGGUCUUAGUGGCCGGGUCCUGAGAAAACUUCCUUUCCUAGCACACGCACUUUAUAUUCAAUCUCCCAGUGUUACAAUGACAACGUUUCUUCAGGCUCUUUCACUUGCAGUAGACAAACAAUUUGAAGAAAGAAAAAAAAUUGCAGACUGUGUGUGAUACUCUUUUUAUAACUUUUUAAUAGUUGUCUGUAUUGUUAACACUGAAGACUACAUAUUUUUCAUACAAACUGUGCAACUUCAACGGAUCUGUAAGAUAGAUUGUCAACACCUUAAAAAACUGGGAAUGCCUAAUCUAGUUUUUCAAAAUAUUCAUUAAUAAACAAUU